AUGGCUGCCGCUGUUGUCGCCCAUGACCAAAAGUCGCAAAUUGAGCAUCUUCAAGGUCUCAUAAAAGAAAAUGCGAAGCGAUCAAGAGCUUUAUUCGCAGAUGGACAAUCUGAGAAACAGGACGAUUUCACCGAAGCUGCAGACAAACUCGUGAUAGCUGCACGAAUACACUCAGAAUACGAUCAUGUUAGAGAACUACCGCCAGCAUUGGCUGCAAAGUUUGCGAACGCGGUGGGCUCUCGGAAGAAGGCGAAGACAGCUACGGAGCCUACAGAAGCAGACGCGAGAACGACAAAGCUGAUUGAGGGCGUGGCAUCGAAAAGCGAAGGCGCAGGAAGCUCAUCUACAGCUUUGACUAUUAGACGGCAAGGACCUGCGGAUGGCACGCCGCCGAAUGCCAAUGGACCUACGGCGCAAAAGAACCUACCGUCAUCGAGUUUAGUACGCAAGCAGACUGUUGUGCAAGUGAAGCCAGAUUGGCAUGCUCCUUGGAAGUUGAUGCGUGUUAUUUCUGGCCACUUGGGAUGGGUCAGAGCAUUAGCUGUCGAGCCGGAGAACAAAUGGUUUGCCAGUGGAGCUGGAGACAGGACGAUUAAGAUUUGGGACCUCGCGACAGGAUCUUUGAGAUUGACCUUGACUGGACAUAUUUCGACUGUACGAGGUCUCGCUGUAUCACCACGGCAUCCAUAUUUGUUCUCCUGCGGUGAGGACAAGAUGGUCAAAUGUUGGGAUCUGGAAACGAACAAGGUCAUCAGACAUUACCACGGACAUUUGAGUGGUGUUUAUACACUCUCCCUCCACCCAACUUUGGAUGUGUUAGUUACCGGAGGCCGUGAUGGUGUUGCAAGAGUAUGGGACAUGCGAACUCGAAGCAACAUCCAUGUUCUGUCAGGGCACAAAGGUACGGUCUCUGAUGUCAAAUGCCAGGAGGCGGAUCCUCAAGUCAUUACUUCAUCCUUGGACUCGACUGUCCGACUAUGGGAUUUAGCUGCAGGAAAGACAAUGGGAGUCUUAACACAUCACAAAAAGGGCGUUCGAGCGUUGGCCAUCCAUCCCAAGGAGUUUACUUUUGCUAGUGGAAGCACUGGAAGCAUUAAACAAUGGAAGUGCCCUGAGGGAGCAUUCAUGCAAAAUUUCGAUGGCCAGAACUCAAUUAUAAACACACUGGCCGUCAAUGAGGACAAUGUAUUGUUUUCUGGUGGAGAUAAUGGUUCCAUGAGCUUUUGGGAUUGGAAGUCAGGCCACAGAUUCCAAGCACUAGACACAACUGCUCAGCCUGGUUCUUUGGAUGCCGAGGCAGGGCUCAUGAGCUCUACAUAUGACAAAACUGGACUUCGAUUAAUUUGCGGUGAAGCGGACAAAACUAUCAAAGUUUGGAAGCAAGACGAGUCAGCAACUCCAGAAACACACCCUCUGGAAUGGAAGCCAACAUUAGGAAGACAAAAGUUCUAA